AUGGCAACACCCGUUGGCCGGAGCCGUUGCCGCCGGGGGGUGGUUCCCCGGCCAGUGAGCGCCUCCCCGGGCGAUGGGGCCGACAGCCCGGGCCACGGCGCGGCGGGGGUGACCGCGGGGGCCCGGCCCGCCCUCUCCUGGGCGGCAGUCCCGGGUCCCGAGGGCGAGGCGUCGCGGCGCCGGCAGCGUCCGACGCAGCGGCGGCGCGGGUGGUGGCCGUGGCGGCGGCGGCGGCGGCGGCGGCAGCAGCAGAGGCAGAAGCAGCAACAGCAGCAGCAGCAGCAGCAGCAGGAGGACGAGGAGGAGCGGCGGCCCAGUGCGGGACCGGACCCGGCGUUGGGCGAGCGAUGCGCGGAGGCUGCCCCGCCGCCGCCGCCCCCAGCCGCCCCCUCGCCUCCUCGCGUCCACAAAGCCUGGUCGCGGCGGCGGCGGGGGCGGCGGCGGCGGCGGUCGUCCAUGGAGCUCGAGAACCUCUUGGCCAACUCGAUGCUGCUGAAAGCGCGCCAAGGAGGAUAUGGCAAAAAAAGCGGUCGUAGUAAAAAAUGGAGGGAGAUGCUGAAGCCGCCCCCCGUCAGCCAGUGCAGCAAGCUUCGACAUUCGAUUGGACACAUCUGGAUUUCAGAUCUUGGUUUAGCCGUGGAGAUCCCGGAAAGGGAGACCAUCCAAGGAAGAGUCGGAACGCUCAGCUACAUGGCUACGUAAUGGACCACCCCGGGGUGCUCACGCCCCUGCCCUCAGGACACAGAGAACUGAACACGGGAAGGGACCUGGGGUCCGCCCUGGCCCGCUGCUGGGGAGCAUACCUGGCCCCCCGGCCUGCGCUCCUCUCUGCUGACGGGCCAGAGUAGGGACGGGGCAGCGGGCCUCCCCGCUGUGCUCACCGGCCCCGCACACCCCUCACAAGGUAGUCAGAGUUAUGCGCGCAGCUCCAGGGCAGUGACCCAGCCUGACGCAGGGGGGCCUCUGACAUGAGGGACCCUGAGGGCCUCUGCUGAGUCCCGCACUUACCCUCCCCCCAUUCCACUGUGGCUGCUGUCACCUGCUGCUGGGGUCUUACUCUGAGGGAAAAGGGGCGCCCGGGGGCCUGGCUCUGCCUGUUUGGAGGCGGGGUUUCCCCGCGGUAGUUACUCCACGAGUAGCAGGAAUGGUUUGUAAUAACAGCUUUACUGAGAUGCAGUUCAUAUGCCAUAAAAUCCACCAGCCCGAAGUGUGUAGUUCAGUGGAUUUCGGCAUGUUCACAGAGAUGUGCGUCUAUCACCACUGUCUGGUUUCAGAACUUUUUCAUCACCUCAGAGAAGGCCCGCACCCGUCAGCGAUCACCCCCCACUCCUCACGUCCCGCCCCCAGCCCUGCAGCCCCUAAUCUGCUUCCUGUCUCCGUGGACUCGUCUCUUCUGACUGUUUCGUACGGGUGGGCUCAUGCGCUCUUUGGCCUUUUGUGUCUGCCUUCUUUGGCUUAACAUGUUUGCGAGGGUCGUCCACGUGGUAACAGACAUUAAAUUUACAAUGUGUUGUUUGGAAUUAAGUAUGAGGACAUUUAAUUUAAUUUAAUUUAAAUUUCCUGUGUUUGUUAUGUAGCUCCCGCAGUUCUCAAUCAUGAAAGGUAUACAUUCAGUCCUGAUUGGUGGGGACUUGGCUGUCUGAUAUACGAAAUGAUUCAGGGACAGUCUCCGUUCAGAAAGUUCCGAGAGAAGGUCGAUAGGGCGGAGGUGGAGCGGAGAGGGAAGGAGGAGGCAGAGCGGUACUCCGAGAAGUCGCGCUCGGGGAGGGCGGGAGUGGGGCUAGGCUUCUGACCGACCGCCGUUCAGGCUCAGGAGGGGCCACCUGGUGCUCUGCGGUGCCAGGGACAGGGCCUUCCUCGGGGGUUCUGAUCACGCAGAACAGAGUUCAUCGUUUGCUUUCCCCAGAGGUGCUGCUGAGAGGGAAGGGUGGUGUCAGGUCACUGUUUAGAGCACAGCUGGCCAACUUCACAGGACGCUAAACAUGAAACAGAAUCUUCGGGGUGCUUUGCAGCGGUGAGGUUCUUCUCUUGGCCCACGUUCCUCAGAACUCCCUUUAACUGGUCGCCAGGGACUGUGGUCCUAUCGACACCCUGCCCCGAUGGCCUGCCGUGCGCCUGGCACUGUCAGUCCCAGGCCGUCCUGGAUGUAAGGGGAUGAGAGAAGCUCUCCUUGUCGCUUAACUUCUCAGGAUUUUCUGAGCACGUUUUAAACGUCAUCUGCAGCCAGCGAGAAUGUACUGAGCGUCCCCCAUGGGACCUUCCCCGGCACUGAGUAAAACAGGCAGUAAUCCCAGCCCUUCUGCCCCCAAGCCCGGUGCUCUCAUCCGCUCAGGGGAGGCGGCCUGGGAGACGGGCAUCUUGGGCAGGGAGGUGGGAGGGGCUGCCCGCGGGGCUGGGUGGGUGCAGAGGGGCGGUUGGAGGAGCGACUGUGGGUUUGAGCGGGUCACAGAGGAGAGUGCGGACACGGGGCAGGUGGAGGCGGGCUCCUUGCCGGAGUUAGACAC